CUUGAGUGCUAAACAUGAAUCUAAAAUUGUUCCCGAUUUUUUUAAUAAUUCUUAUAGCAGUGGUUUUGAUUCGGGGGAGGAGGGUACACGAAAAUGAAAUCGUUCUGAAAAUUUUAGGUGGAGUUGAAGUCGCCAGGGUUAUCGCUGAAGAGAUGGGUUAUGAAUUUUCAGAAGCAGUUUUGGGAUUCCCCGAUACAUACAUAUUUCUUCCAUACGACGAUGGAAGAAUCUCUUAUCAAAAAAGAGGCAUGGAUCUUUCAAAACGCUUAAUAAACGACGAUAGGGUAACUUGGUUCGAGCACCAACAAGUUAAAUCAAGACAAAAACGUGAUUUCCUCCCCUUCAAAAUCAAAAGAAACCCUCAAAAAAAAUCGUUUAUUUUUAACGAUGAGUUAUGGGGGCAACAAUGGUAUCUUCAAGACACCAGGACGAGAAUCGAACUUCCAAAACUCGACUUAAACGUCCUCCCAGUUUACAGAGAAGGAAUAACUGGAAAAGGAAUAAGAAUCAGUAUUUUAGACGAUGGCAUCGAACACACCCAUAAAGAUCUCAAAGAAAAUUACGAUCCCGAAAUAAGUUUUGAUUGCAACGAAGAUGAUAACGACCCGUUACCGCGUUAUGAUCCAUCGAGACAAAAUAGCCAUGGUACAAGAUGCGCCGGGGAGAUUGCGAUGAUUGCUAAUAAUGGAAAAUGUGGUGUUGGAGUCGCUUUUAACGCCAAAAUCGGAGGGGUGAAGAUUCUCGAUGGGCUGGUUAACGAUCGCAUCGAAGGUACCGCUUUGGGAUACGCCCAGCAUCUCGUUGAUAUUUACAGUGCUUCCUGGGGACCGAACGAUGAUGGGAAAACCGUAGAUGGUCCCGGAAGAUUGGCCAAAGAAGCUAUGGAAAGAGGAAUUAGAGAGGGACGAAAUGGAAAAGGAACAAUUUUUGUUUGGGCAUCAGGGAACGGUGGAAGUUUAGGUGAUAAUUGUAAUUGCGACGGUUAUUUAGCUAGUCCUUACACAAUUUCAAUUGGAAGUGCUUCUCAAAAAGGGGAGUUUCCAUGGUACGGAGAAGCGUGCGCCUCAACUUUAGCAGUAACAUAUUCAUCGGGAGCUUAUCAAGAUCAAAUGAUCGUUACAACCGAUCUUCACAAUGAAUGUACAAUAAAACAUACCGGAACAUCAGCUUCCGCACCUUUAGCAGCAGGAAUUAUAGCUCUAGCUUUAGAAGUGAAUCCUAAUCUUACUUGGAGAGACGUGCAACAUUUAAUUGUUUGGACAUCGGAAUUAGCCCCCGUGGCUGAAAACCCCGGUUGGCAAAUGAACGCAGCCGGAUUAUGGUUCAACACGAGAUUCGGUUUUGGUUUAAUGAACGCUUUUGGCUUAGUUAAAGCAGCCGCUAAUUGGACUGAAGUGCCCCCAAGAAAAAUGUGCACAACAUCAGCACCAGGAAAUAACGAUUUCGGCUUCGAUGCCCCAAUAACAAUCGAAAUUCAUACCGAUAGUUGUCGCGGGACAAAAGACGAAGUUAAUUAUUUAGAACACGUUGAAAUACGAACAACAAUUCUAUAUUCAAUAAGAGGAGCUUUAGAAGCAUAUCUCAUUAGCCCGAGCGGAACGAAGGUUCAACUUUUAGCUUCUAGGAAGUUGGAUAAAUCUAAGCUAGGAUUUAUAAAUUGGUCGUUUAUGUCGGUAAUGACUUGGGGGGAAGAUGCCGCGGGGAAAUGGACUUUUAUAGUCGAGGAUAAAAAUGGCCCGUUUACAAACAACGGAAGUAUUAGUAACACUAAUUUAAAUCUUUAUGGUACGAAAGAACUUCCUGAACAUAUGAAAUACGGAGCGAGAGUUUAUAAUCACAAUUACAACCGAGUACAUAACAGAUUGGAUGUUAUUAAUUGGUAUAAAAAUAACGUUGAGGAUUAUUUAAAUUCGAUUUAAUUCGAUUUAUUAGA